AUGGCACUUUCUGCUGUGUUCAGCAGCUUAAAAGAAGGAAAAUUUACUUUCUCCACUGAAAAGAAUCCAUCGAAGACAUUAGCAGAACUUAUUGCCAGAGCUCAGAAGUAUACUAACGCCGAGGAGUUCUCCAAUGCCCACAAAAAUGUCCAAGUGGCAGAACCGAAUGGUAAAGGGAAGAGGCUAAGGAACGAAGAAACUCAGCUGUUUAGCAAAGGACUAGAUGACCGUGCCUCUCGCGAUCAUCAUCUGAACAGAAAGCCGGAGGGUAAAUUUCGUUCAUAUACCUCCCUCAACACAUCAACCGAGCAGAUUCUAUUCGACAUCAAAGAGCACAAGCUUCUGAAUUGGCCCGUUUAUAUGAGGGCCGACCCAGAUCAUCGAGACAAGCGUAAGUAUUGUCAUUAUCACCGAGAUCACAGCCACAACACGACCGACUGUGUAGAUCUCAAAGAUGAGAUUAAAACCCUUAUUCGUAAGGGACAUCUACGCAGAUACACCAAGGAAGAAAGAGUCGCUUGGAAAGAAGAGCGAGGGCGAGAGCGAGAGCAGCCGAAUAACACCAUGAAAGAGCCAACCGAAAUCUAUACCAUCUUCAGGGGCUCAUCCGGUGGAGGAGAUUUAAAUUGGGCUCGAAAAGCCCACUCUCGAAAGUUCGAUCCAGAGCAUUACGUCCACUUGACCGAGCCCCCUAGCAAGGAACUCCGAGUCAGCCUGUGUAGUCUGACCUUCACGGAAGAGGAUGCACGUGAAAUCCAGUACCCGCACGAUGACGCUCUGGUAGUACCUAUGAUCAUAACGAACCGUAAGGUGUACCGUAUCUUGGUCGACACUGGAAGCUUGGCUGAUAUAAUCUAUUCUAAACCUUUGAAAGAAUGGAGAUUUUGA